AUGGCCUCACUUUCGAGCCCAACCCAACCACCCCCACCACCGUUUAAGCGGCCACCGGUUACCAAACCGGUAACUGUACGGUCCAAAACCACACUCAGUCCCCAACCUCCUCCUCCUUCAAACAAAACACACUCACUAACAGUGACACAGAGAAGCCGAAGCAAAAUACUAGACAUUCAGAAGCUGAAAGAUAAGGAGGCCAAGGAGAGAAAAGAGGAGACCAACAAGAAAAUAGCUUCCCGGAAAGCAAUCUCGGUCAUACUGCGAAGAGAAGCUACCAAAGAUCUGAUCGAGAAGAAGAAAGGUUCCAAGAGGCUGCUUCCUAGGACCGUGCUCGAAGCCAUCCAUGAAAGAAUCACUGCUUUGCGUUGGGAGUCCGCUCUCAAGGUUUUUGAACUACUACAUGAGCAGCAGUGGUACCGGCCCAAUGCUGCUUUAUAUGUUAAGCUAAUCGUCAUGCUUGGAAAAUGUAAGCAACCAGAAAAAGCCCACGAGCUGUUUCAAGCUAUGAUUGACGAAGGCUGUGCUGUCAACCAUGAAUCUUACACUGCUCUUGUAUCUGCCUAUGGUAGGAGCAGCCUCUUUGACAAAGCAUUUUCCCUCCUUGAGCAGAUGAAGAAUACUCCUGACUGCCAGCCUGACGUCCAUACUUAUUCAAUCCUUAUAAAAUCAUGCCUGCAGGUUUUUGCAUACGAAAAAGUGCAGGCUCUGCUUUCGGAUAUGGAGAGUCAGGGGAUAAGACCCAACACCAUUACAUAUAAUACCCUCAUCGAUGCCUAUGGGAAAUCUAAAAAAUUUGCAGAGAUGGAAUCGACACUUCUGGAAAUGCUUGGCGAACAGGAUUGUGAGCCUGAUGUUUGGACCAUGAAUUCCAUACUGAGAGCCUUUGGCAACAGCGGGCAAAUAGAAACAAUGGAAAAGUGUUUUGAGAAGUUUCAGAGUGCGGGUAUCCAAGCCAACAUCAUGACUUUCAACAUUCUUCUAGAUUCCUAUGGAAAAGCUGGGAAUUAUGAGAAAAUGAGUGCUGUGAUGGAGUACAUGCAGAAAUACCAUUACUCAUGGACGAUCGUGACAUACAAUGUGGUGAUAGAUGCAUUUGGGAGGGCCGGGGAUUUAAAACAAAUGGAGUAUCUGUUUAGGCUAAUGCGGUCAGAGAGGAUGAAGCCAAGCUGUGUCACACUUUGCUCACUCGUAAGGGCAUAUGGGCUAGCAGGUUUGCCUGAAAAAAUUGAUGGUGUUUUACGAUUUGUGGAGAAUUCAGACGUGAUGCUUGAUAUUGUGUUUUUCAAUUGUCUGGUUGAUGCUUAUGGGAGGAUGGGAUGCUUCGCAGAAAUGAAGGGGGUGCUUGAGAUAAUGGAGCAAAAAGGAUGCAGGCCUGACAAGGUUACUUAUAGAACUAUGAUUAAAGCUUAUUCAGCCAACAAGAUGAUUGGCCAUGUGAAGGAACUCCGUGAACUUAUGGAAUCAACAGAAGGAAGUCAGAAGCCUUGGUUGCACAGAGAAAAGCCUGACUUUCGAUAA